GAACAGAGUUGUUGAGGUCAUUGACUGUUCUUAUUGAAAACAAUUAGGUGUUACCGCUAACCGUUCAACUGGUAUGUUUUCCAAUGUAGAUUUUGAAGUAUCUGGUUCCUCACAGGUUCCUCUGCCAUGUCACAGCCAAUUACUGCAAGUUACGAAAAUGCCAGCAAAGUAGCAGACCACAUCAAGAAGCAAAUACGAAUAGUGCCAGAGAUAGGAAUAAUCUGUGGAAGUGGGCUUGGUAACUUGGCUGAUGGAAUAGAAGAUAAAACUGUCAUUCGAUAUGAAGACAUACCAAAUUUCCCUCGGACAAGCGGUAAGGCGUAAGCGAAGCUUUUUCAUUCGUUUCAGUGGUCGGACAUGCGGGCAAUCUAGUUUUCGGUCAACUUGGAAAUCGAAAAGUGGUUGCCAUGCAAGGCAGGUUCCACAUGUAUGAGGGCUACUCUAAAGAACAAAUCGCUCUUCCUAUUCGCGUGUUGAAAUUUUUGGGAGUCAAAGUGCUUAUAGUAAGUAAUGCAUGUGGUGGUCUGAACAGAGGUUUCAAAUGUGGUGAUUUCAUGGUGAUAAAAGACCACAUAAGCCUACCCGGUCUAGCUCUGAAUAAUGUGCUGAUGGGAUCAAAUGAGGAGAAGUUUGGGCCCAGAUUCUUAGCAACCUCAAAUGCAUACAACUCCGAAAUUCGUAAAUUGGCCAUUCAAUUAUCUGAGAAAAUGAAUAUUCGUCAUUUGGUUCAUGAAGGUGUAUAUGCUUUUACUGGUGGUCCAACAUACGAAUCCCCUGCUGAAUGCAAAAUGCUGCUCGCGAUGGGUGCAGACGUGGCUGGCAUGAGUACGGUUCCAGAAGUGUUAAUUGCACGUCAUUGUGGAAUGACUGUCUUUGCUGUUUCAUUGGUUACAAAUGUGUGUAUUCUCGAUGUAGAGAGUAAGGCAAUAGCCAAUCAUGAGGAGGUUGUAGCUACUGCAAACAAAAGUGCUCAAAUUUUACAGUCAUGGAUUAAGGAAAUAAUAAACAAUGUUUCAAUUAAUAAUUAACUAACUAAUAGAGA